UAAAAUUAAAAUACGUAGUAAAACAAAGGAUAAAUAAAUUCAUUCAUCUUCAUACCCAGUAUUUUUUCACUGAGCAUCAUCUUUUGUUGCUUGAUCGAUCCAUAUCACCUCGGCGAGAAUGGCUUCUCAAAUCGCGAAAAGAGUCAUCGGCAGCUUCUCAAGAUGUAGUUCAUCGGCUGCGUCAGUUAGGGUUUUCAAUCGGAGCCUUGCCGCAUCGCCUUCCGAGCCAGCCUCUAAUCUAAUUCGCGCCACUCUCUUCCCCGGCGACGGCAUCGGUCCCGAGAUUGCCGAUUCCGUCAAGCAGGUGUUCAGAACUGCUGAUGUGCCUAUAGAAUGGGAAGAACACUACGUGGGGACAGAGGUUGACCCUAAGACCCAAAGUUUUCUUACAUGGGAGAGUAUCGAAUCUUUGAGAAGAAAUAAGAUUGGCUUAAAAGGUCCAAUGGCCACUCCUAUCGGAAAAGGUCAUCGUUCUUUGAACCUUACAUUGAGGAAAGAGCUCAACCUGUAUGCCAAUGUUAGACCUUGCUACAGUCUACCUGGAUACAAGACUCGUUAUGACGAUGUAAACCUUAUCACAAUUCGUGAAAAUACUGAAGGAGAGUACAGUGGUCUUGAACAUCAAGUGGUAAGGGGUGUGGUUGAAAGCCUCAAGAUUAUUACACGUCAAGCAAGUUUGAGGGUUGCAGAGUAUGCGUUCCACUAUGCCCAGACGCAUGGAAGAGAUAGAGUUUCUGCUAUACACAAAGCCAACAUCAUGCAAAAAACUGAUGGGCUUUUCCUCAAGUGUUGCCGUGAGGUUGCAGAGAAGUACCCCGAUAUCAAAUAUGAUGAAGUUGUCAUUGACAAUUGCUGCAUGCUGCUUGUGAAAAAUCCGACACUUUUUGAUGUAUUGGUGAUGCCCAAUCUUUAUGGUGACAUUAUAAGCGAUCUUUGUGCUGGUUUGAUUGGUGGCCUGGGGCUAACACCGAGCUGCAAUAUUGGUGAGGGUGGCAUUGCUCUUGCUGAGGCUGUGCAUGGUUCGGCACCUGAUAUUGCUGGAAAGAACUUGGCAAACCCAACUGCUCUGCUUUUGAGUUCUGUUAUGAUGUUGCGACACUUGAACCUUCAUGACAAAGCGGACCGCAUUCAGAAUGCUAUUCUGACCACAAUUACAGAAGGGAAGUAUAGGACUGGUGACCUUGGCGGGAAAUCUUCUACAACUGAAUUCACGAAUGCAAUCUGUGAUCAUCUUUGAACAUGCUUGCCCUCGCAUCCAUUCAUUGUUCCAUUCUUGUUCCACCCUCUGCACUUUCAAAUAGGAAAUUUGAAAACUUUAUAAACUUUUAUUUUGGGAAAGCGAUUUCCAAGUUUAUUUACAGUAUGGACUAUAGAGAAAUAAAAAAGUUUUCCCCCGCACAGUUUGUUGGUGUUCUGCAGAAACCCUGCAUGAAAGGAUGGUUUACUAACUGGCUGAAUUCCAGCGGGAAGCCAAUUUCAUGGGGCGUCUGAGGGAGGGAGGCUGGGGGUCUGGAGUAAUUAGGGCUGAAACUCAUUCCAUUGAGUUUCAAGCCCUUGUGUGCCUAGCGGUGUUCGAACUAAAGACCUCUCACUGGGCACGAGUUUUGAAGAGGCAACAAGGCAUAUACAACAUUCUAUCUACAACUCAGCACAAGGGGAAGUGUUGAAGGAAAUUCUAAGUUGUGUGCUAUCGUUUAGAUAGAAUGUGUAUUAGGGCAUUUCUAUGUAAAUGAUGCAUUAUGGGCAUAUUGGCCCGUACUUGUAAACCCUACUCUAUCCCUAUUUAUAGGGGCUUUUGGUAAUGAAACUCUGCAAACCAUUCUCCCUACAACACACUCGAAAUUUUUAGGUUGCGUGUUGGGCCUACAAAUUGAAGUAAUAAACCUCAAUAGCUA